AUGCUUGAAUGGCUCACACCUCGAGGCAUGACGAUCAUGUCGCAGCAAGCACGGACGGCACCACACCCCGAACGUCAGGCAUCCACGUCAUCUGAAUCCAACACAAGGCAAAACGAAGCACAAGAUAUGGCCCCUCCAAAGCCUGAAAUUGGACUGAACGAUGCUUCAUUCUGUGCCAAGGGUGCUAGAUCCGGCCACGGCUCGAUCUCGAAGUCAAGGGUAAACCCCAUUGAAAGAAGGGACAACACCAAGUCAACCAUCUUGUCUCCUCGGAUGAGCAGUAUCCUCCAUGACAAGCCAGCACAACCGAAGGCCACUAUCACAACAUCCGCUCGGGCAAUACCAGAAGUUCCAGCAAGACCCGCCUUUUUCGAAAACGUGACAAAACCCUCACAUCCUUCAAUACCGACAGGUUCUCCUCCAUCUUCGCCAUGUGCAGCACGAGAAGAGCACAGCGCUGAGAAUCUUGGUACGCAAAGUCAUCAUCCCAAACAUGAUGCCCAGGUUCCACAAGCGAAAGACUCCGUUGAGGGAGACCCAGAGCCUCCAUCUGUGUGGUUGAAUGAAGCCUUGCCCCAGGCGCUAUCCCGACUCAAUGUUGAUCUUAUCAACUUCAUAUGCGACGUUUAUGAAGAAGAUGGAACCUUAGAGAGCUACCUUACCAUGCCCCAGGAAACGGGCAACACAUAUCCCAAGCCGGAAAACGCCUCGCAUCCCUUGAGUCGUCGAUCGUCUCCCACGGCUAUCUCCAAGAAGCAGUGGAAGGGCUUCAAUGAGCAAACUCUUUUCAAUGUUCUCAUGGACCCAAAGGCUGUGGUACAGUCUUUCACCUGCGACAAUAAACUCUACGACUCCCAGACUCUGUGGUAUUGUCUCUAUCGCAUGAACCGCGUUGCAUCAAGUCUUGUUCUUCACAGCCUUUGGGGCAAGAAGGUCCAAAGGGGUGCCAAAGGGCUGUCAAAUGUUGAUGCAGGGUACUUGAUGUCCAUCUGCAUGCAUGCUUUAGUCGCUGCGGCACCGGUUGUGCCCGAUUCACGCACCUUGUACGAGAUGUCGCGAAUACGCUCCAACGGCCUGACGCUUGCUGGCGGUACCGCGGUAGCACGGCAGCCCUCAUCUCGUUGUUUGGGGUAUGAUGAUGUGUUCUCGAACGACCUAGCCGUCAGACUUGCCCGACGAUUAUUUUGCGCAAUUACAGCCAGACGUUGUUUUGCGGACAUGGCAGGCUCUACAGCUUCCUCAAACAUCAAAACUCCCGACCCCGACAUCCUGCAGCCUCUUGUAAGCCAGCUCGACUUUCUCAGCACGGGCUCGGCCUCGGUACUAGAGUUCGCGCAUUCUGAGCGCCUCUUGCACGAAACACGCGUUCCGACAGUGCUUCUCGAUUGGGCCCGUACCAUCAUCUUGAGCGAGUGGAAUGGAAAACCCGACUUCGCCAUGGAUGGACCCUUUGGGGGAGCCUUGUCAUUCAUCGAGACCAUGCGCAGUAGCAAAAACCUCCUCCUUCUGGGCGAUAUCCAAUUCCGUGUUGAUUAUCUGUCAGACCGAUUGGACUCGGUUGAAAUGCCGGUUGACUGGUUAUCUUUUUCUUCGACGCGCUGGAGACGACACAUUCUGGACUAUCCUUACAUAUUCAGCCCCGAUACCCUAGUCUCAUUCUUCCGCUCUAUCAAUUUCGCUCGGAUGAGUCGCGUAUUUGAGGAGUCGAGCUCUCUCAAAACACGGAUGAGCGCCAUCAUUGACCCUGGAAGUCUCGUCACCAACCCACACCACAAGAGGGUGUUGCAAGACCUCUUGAAAACAGGCUCAUCCAAAUACCUCAUACUCGAAAUUAGUCGCAAAAAUGUUGCUCGAGAUGCGUUCGACCAACUAUGGAGACGAGAAGAGAGGGAACUCCUCCGCCCCCUGAAGGUGCAUCUAGGAGAGGAAGGCGGGGAAGAGGGCUUCGAUUCGGGAGGCGUUCAGCAAGAGUUUUUUCGAUUAGCUAUCGCAGAGUGCUUGGAUCCUGCGUAUGGCGCCUUCACAGUCGACGAUCGGACACGCAUGGCCUGGUUUGCCCCUGGGUCACUCACCGAAGAUUGGAAGUAUGAGCUCGUCGGCCUCUUGAUGUCACUGGCCUUGUUCAACGGGCUGACCCUGCCUAUCACCUUCCCGAGGGCCCUGUACCGGAAAUUACUGGGCAAGCCAGUCGCGGAGCUUCACCAUAUUGCUGAUGGGUGGCCAGACCUGGCGAGCGGAUUGACAACACUCCUAGAAUGGGACGAAAAGGACGGCCUGGUUGAGGAUAUCUUUGCCCGCACCUACGAGUUUUCAGUCUCUGCCUUGGGUACCAACAUUACCAGGGAAAUGUCUGCAGACAAGAGCGUGGUCUGGCCCAGGGCAGCUGCAAACUCAGAUGAUGUCGCUCCACCCCAGACUUCGAACCCAGACGACGCGCCUCUGGUGACGAACGAGAACCGAGAUGAUUACGUCACUCAUUACAUUCGCUAUCUCACGGACAUCUCCAUUCGACGGCAAUACAUCGCCUUCGAACGUGGCUUCAACGCUUGCCUAGACAAGAAGUCACUUUCUUUACUCAGCCCCUCCACUCUGCAGUCACUGGUGGAAGGCAUCCAAGACAUUGACAUCUCGGAGCUCAAGCGGUAUGCACGCUACGUCGGUUGGGACGCGUCGCAUCAUACUGUCAAAGACUUCUGGUCCGUCGUGAGAAGGUACGACGAUAGGAUGAAACGCAAGCUGCUAGAGUUCGUGACAUCCUCAGAUCGAGUUCCAGUUGGGGGUAUCAAAAAUCUUCAGUUCGUGAUUCAGAAAAACGGAGAGGAAGAGGGGGAUGGCGGGCACUUGCCCACGGCCUAUACAUGCUACGGAACUCUCCUUCUUCCCGAAUAUAGAGAUAAAGACGUAUUGAGGGAACGGCUCGGAAUGGCGUUGGAAAAUGCACAGGGGUUCGGCUUUGCUUGA